AUGGAGAAAAAGAAUAGUAACGCUGGAUCGGACGAAUCCUUUCCUGCAACGACAGUGGAAGAAAUUAUCAAAACAGAAAGUACAUCAAGAAAGCCACCUGAGGCCCCCAACCCAAUUAUCGUCGCUGAACCGCCGCGCACGGCAUGGGGCCACCUUAGCGAAAGUCAAAACAACGACCUACGCAAGCUUUGUAAAGAUUAUGCUGAGCAAGAUGCAAUUAAUACAGCAACAAUGGCCCUUGAAGAACACCAGAAGUACUGCGAAAUAUUGGUUCUUGCUGCAUUCACGCUUGUCGGCGUCCCAAAAGAACUCGUUAUUGCAGCAAUCACCGUCAAAAAUUUGCGCAAAAUCGUCACAGACGGAAAAGACGAAAUCAUCACACAAAUGCUCGAAUACAAGACAUUCGACUCCAAAGUACUUUGA